GACACUUCCUGUGGUAGAGAAAAGAGGUAGUGAAUGCUGCACUGUGAGCGUGGCAAGCAGCUCCACUCCUUCUUUCUCUCCCAGCCGGGGAUGCUCUGAAGGCCGGCUGCAGCCUCAGGGAGGGGCUGCUCCCAGCCUGAUGGUCCUGGGUUUUAAAGUCUACCUGUGACAACAGCAGGAGAGGCAUGCUGGGAAAACCCAAACAUCUGGGUGUCCAAAAUGGCCGAAUGGGCCUGGCCGUAUCCGAUGGAGAGUUAAACAGCUCUGGCAGCCGGGGUAGUAAUAACAGUGUGAACAGUCUGCCGUGCACUCAGAGUGUCACUCCCUCCCUGGGGCAAUCCGUGGCCCGCUGGGCUGAGUCCUUUGAGACACUGCUACAGGACCAGCUUGGUGUUGCAUACUUCACUGAGUUCCUGAAAAAGGAAUUUAGCGCUGAGAAUGUAUAUUUCUGGCAAGCCUGUGAACAAUUUCAGCAGAUACCAGCUAAUAGCACUCAAAAGCUGGCUCAGGAAGCUAGGAAGAUCUAUGAUGAAUUUCUGUCAAGUCAUUCAGUAAACCCAGUGAACAUUGACAGACAGGCGUGGAUUGGUGAGGAGAUGUUGUCCACUCCCACUCCUGAAAUGUUUCAUGUCCAGCAACUUCAGAUUUUCAACCUGAUGAAAUUUGACAGCUACGCACGUUUUGUCAAGUCUGCAUUGUACCAAGCGUGUGCAAAGGCAGAAAACCAAGGGCAGCCCUUGCCAGAACUGAGAUCCAGUUCUCAGACUGGCAGCCCACCUACCGAACAUAGCAAGAAAACAAAACUAAAGGCAGGGAAAUCGCUACCGUUAGGAGUGGAGGCAGCUGGUAACCUGGCUGGGAGGAGUCCUCGGAGAUCCUUUCGGAAAGGAGACCGGAGGGACCGUCCCUGGGGAGAGGAGAGAAAUGGUGGUGAGGGACCAUCCCCCUGGCGUGACUCCCAAGGCUCUUUGAAUUCCUCAGCUAGUCUGGACCUGGGCUUCCUAUCUUAUGCAACCAGUGGCUUGCAGGCAGAGAACCACAGGAAGAGUCUGACAGGCUCAGAAUCUGACAGUCAGAACCAUCCCAUUAAAUAUUGUUGCAUUUAUCUGCCUGAUGGGACUGCAUCGCUGGCCCCAGUACGUUCUGGCCUCUCUAUCCAGGAGAUGCUGGCUGGAGUUUGUCAGCGUCGUGGUCUCAAUUUACCUGAUGUAAAGAUCUACCUAAUGGGAAAUGAAAAGAAGCCGCUGGCGUUGAACCAGGACAGUUUAGUAUUGAUGGACCAGGAGGUAAAGCUGGAGACCAGGGUCAACUUUGAGCUGCACAUUACACCUAUCAAUAAGACAGUCCGCAUUCUGGCAAAAUCAACUAAAACCUUGCAAGAAGCAUUGCAGCCCAUCUUGGAGAAAUACAGUCUUGAUAUUAGACAAGUGUCACUCAAACGGUCUGGGGGACUCCAAACUUUGAAGUUGGAAGAGAAGGUUAGUGCAGUGGCUGCUCAGAAGCUUGUUCUAGAUUCAGAUGCAGAAGUGAAAUCUGUCAUGGUAGCAGAUGCUACUUGUGAGCAAUUUGAGGAUGACAGUACUCUGGAGACCGAGUCUGAAAGUGACCCAUUCCCAGCAAUGUCCUGUUCUUUUACCAAAUCCAUCAAGAAUAACCAGAACCGCCACACGUAUGAUAUGGAAGGGCUAAUGGAACUGUUGAAUCGUGCACAGAACUGCAGGGUCAAUGACCAGCGUGGGCUACUGUCCAAGGAGGAUCUAAUACUGCCCGAUUUCCUUCAGGUGCCUGAACAAGGUGGUGUCACCUGCACAAGCCAUUCCUCAUCCAGCCCUAAGAAUUGCACCCUCAAGGCAGCAAAGGCUGACACCUCUCAGCGUCAAUCCCAAAUGCAGUCACAACCCCAGGUUUCUCCUUCUUCACCACUGCAAAUACCAACUUCAUCAUCAUCAGCUGCUGCUGGGAAAUCUGACCUGUGAUCUACUCCGUGAGAACCCCAGCCCACCCUAGGCCCUCAAUUGUAUGUUUUUUGCCGUGAAGCCAGGCCUUUCCUGUUUGAUAUCUGUCGUAGUAUCAUGAUCUCACAGACUUGUCCCCUUGGUCUAGGAGGUUGAAGCCUGGCUAUGCUCCAUCUAGCUCUUGGGACUCUCAGGCUGUCUUCAGGAAUGGACAUGUGUGCUCCUAAUGUUCUGGCCGACUUUCACUAACUGCCCAUGCUGGCUGGGCAACAGAGUGCCAGUAUUACUUACUUGCUGUACCAAACUAUUGUACGGUGUUGCUCUAUGUCGUGAAACAACUGCCAAUGGCUGCUCCAAUGGCAACUACAACCCUGUGGCUAGUGGUGAUGCUGCCUGUAUAUAGUUUGUAAUUUUCAGUCUCUGUAAAAUGUAAAAUACACUACUGAUUAAG